UAGUGCAAAAAGUCAAAUGUAGUAUAUACUAGUAAUUAUACAUUAAUACACGAAUUACCAAAACAAUUAAGCACAACGGGAGGCAGCACAUUAUACUCGAUCAUCAUAUCGGAUGAUACAAAUUAAACAAAUGUCAACUACUCACGAACACAUUAUAUUAAGCACUUAACAAAAAUAUCGAAUACUAAGUAAAAUUUAAGGACUAUUUUACAUUAUUAUUAUUGUUACGUUAUUAUUAAUAUAUUUAUUAUUCUUCCCGCCAGCUCAAUUGCAUGGGCGCCCCCAUUGCAUCCGCCGCCAGUUCAUUCCAUUAUUCCGGCCUUCCACAGAUGAAUUCAGGCCGUCGUCCUGGUUGUAUCCUGAGCGGUGUUCUGAAUCGUUUGACCGACGUCCUUGGUCUUCUGACCCAGGGUCACCACCGCAUCCUGCACCCUCCUCUUCGCGUAGUCCAUCUGCUCCGGCACCGACCUCCCCUGCCUGAAGUACUCCAGCAGCCACGACAGGGACGACAGCCCCGACAGCCCCAGUGCCCCCGACGUGAGAAACCCGGCCACCGCCAGCCCGAUCGCGAUGGACGCCGGCACGAUGACGGGGCUGAAGAGCAGAAACAGAGGGGUGGCGAUGAUGAGGCCGAUGAGGGUCCCGGCGAGGGUAAGGCCGGCGAGGCCUAGGAGGGUGCCGACGACGGGGAGGAGAGUGACGAUGGUUAGAACUUGGGUGGCCGUGGGACCCCCCAUGUGAUGCUGCUGAUGAGAGCCCUUCAUUAUUCCGGCGUCAUACCCGCCGCCGCCGCCGCCUAUGGGGUGAACUUGGAGUUGGUGCGUUGGACGGUUGGUGGCCAUAUAUGGAUCUAACGCACUGUACUCUGAAAAUGACUCCGGCCGAUCCGGA